GGGUCUAUUCUCCUUCAGUAACCGCCAAUCGUUCAAAGUGUGUCGUUCGGAGGAGGAUAUCGCCUGAAAGCCGGUGCUGUUUCGUUGUUGAGUGAAAAAGAAACGAGCCGUUGUUUUUUUUUAAACGAUAGUUUUUCACCGGGUCGCAAGAGCAGAAGAGCGAUCCGUUAUCCCUCUGGGAUGCUAACAGGUGAAGAGGACCUGCACCUUGUCGGAAGGACGGACGGAGGAGGGUUGGUCCGCGUACACAGGGGAUGGUCCCAAGAGAGCGGCUAUUCUUCGCCCGCGAUGACGCCCCAGAACGAUGACUCGUCCAACUCCGUGUUGGACUAUCUAGACCUAGACCUCCUGAAAGAGGAGUCCAGGGCGAGGAGAGGAGACAUUGCCAUCGAGGAUUACCUCAGGGGUGGCGAUUGUUCCUCGGAGCCGGCCUUUCCCCAGAUACCCGUCUCCACCCCCGCCACGACUUGCUCGUCCCAUUCAAACUAUGAGGGUGACGAGUCCGAACGAAUCAUGGUUCCUAACGACCCUAUGGUAUGGGAGAGAGAAGACGUCGCCGCUUGGUUGAGGUGGAUCACAAGAGAGUUUAGACUGAAGCCCGUUCCGGACGUGAGUAAGUUCCCGACCCGAGGUGCGGAACUUUGCAGCUUGGACGCCUCGGAGCUUGCCCGGCUCUCAGGAAGUCCGAGAUCCGGCAAAGUCCUCGCUUCCCACCUGGCCCACUUCGCCGGACGGCCUCACUCGCCUCACAACGAUCUCGAUCCGUAUGAGCUCCUGAAUGCAGCGAGCAGCAGGUUGGUCGCUCAGGGUUCGGGCCAGAUCCAGCUUUGGCAGUUUCUCCUGGAGCUCCUGUCGGAUUCCAGCAACGCCUGCAUCGCCUGGGAAGGGGCCAACGGCGAGUUCAAGCUGACCGACCCGGACGAAGUCGCAAGGAGAUGGGGCGAACGAAAGUCAAAACCAAACAUGAACUACGACAAACUCAGUCGAGCGCUUAGGUAUUAUUACGAUAAGAACAUAAUGACCAAAGUACAUGGGAAGAGGUACGCGUACAAGUUCGACUUCCAUGGUCUGAUGGCUGCAUGCCAGGCACAGGCACAGUCGAGCGGCGGCAACCCGAGGGAUUUUUCAACCGAUCUCAGCGGCCUGUACCAAACGGCGAGUUCGAGUCUGCUGCCUUCACCGCCUCCGGCUCCAGCGGCCAUCCUCCAGCCACCGCCGUCCUACUGGGCGUCAACGGGCCUAUCCUCCAUUUACAUGCCGCCUCCGAGGUACCCUCACUACACCCCCCACACGACAACCAACUAACACAACCCGGUAGGACGCUCUCUUCAGUUCCUAAGUCGUCUCAUUCAGGGAUCUCACAACGAGUGACAUCCUGCUGGCAACAAUCGGUUGACCGUAAAAUAAACAAAAAAACAAGUUCCUUUUAUCUCAGAAUAUUUUUUAAUUGACUAAUCUAUAAAUAUUUGGCCAUCUUGAUCACUGAAUCUAAAAAAACAUUUAAAAUCUCACUUAAUAUAGUUUAAUUUGAUUUUGUGUUCAAAACAUUU